AUGAAUAUAUACCACCACCCCACAUCCCACAAUCAACCACCCCAACUCUUCUCUAUCACUGUUCCUAACACAACAACCUUUUUCCCACAUUCUAAUUUCUUACAAAUGGAGUUUUGUUACACUGCAACUACCAUUUCCAACCAUGGCAACAAGGAAAAUGUUCCUCCAAUUGGUAGCAGUUAUGUCAACAAGGAUAAGAGUAAGACCCCAAUUCCUCACAUAAUGUCCAUAUCUUUCAAGAACAAGAAGCGCAGUACACGAAAGCUUAAGAGGUUGCCUCUUGCUGAUGUCACCAAUCUCUUUAACAGUAAUGCCACAGAUGUCUUCAAUCUCAGCCACCACCAACACAUUGGGGCUUCUGCUAUUCUUAGGAGAACACAUGGUUGCUCCAACACAUUAAGGAUGGGAUUCAGAUAA